AUGCUAGUCAGCAGUGAUAUUUCAGAUUACUUAGACUGCCCAAGUGAAAGAGGAGUGACUUGCACUUGCCCCCUGUGCACUUCGGACAGGAGGCACCUGUGUGUCACCACCUCUGAGGGGGUUCAGCUUGCCAAGAAACUAGGAGCCACUUACCUCAAAUUGCACACUCUUAACAACUUCUGCAUCCAGAAGCAUGUUGGAGGAGUGCUGGAAUAUUUUAUGAUCCAAAGUUUGAAUCAGAAGUUUUCUGAAAACAAUGAAGAAAAGAUGCAGAAGUGCCAUUAAGUUCAACCACCUCAGCUCAAGCAGCCAGAAAAAAUGCUGAUUUUGAAGGGCGAAGCCUGGCACUAUGAUGUGGACCUGCACAACCUGCUCUGCUGCUGUGGGUAACAUUUUGCCGUGAAAGACCUCAGCAUGGUGGUGGAGGCUUACAAGGUCAUCCUCUGCUCCACCAGCUACAUCUUCAUGCUGCUCUUCGAGGUGAAGAGCCCCACCGACAUCUGUGACACCUCCAUCGUGUGCAUGGUACAGAGCCCCUUGACAGCAGAGGUGGGGGCCAUCUGCAGUGUCCCACCCAGCAUCCCACCCAUGAGGGUGGUGGUGAGGGAUGCUGUCCUCUGCUCUUGGCUGCUGGACAUCCUCCACUUUAUCUAUUCAGGUGCUUUCCAGUGGGAACGAUUAAAAGACAAUAUAAAGAAGUUGUUGAAGCAUCCAGAAAAAACAUAUGACAUGCUUGAGAAAGUUAAAUGUAUCCUGAAAACUCCAGGGAAGGUACCUCUAACUCUCUUGGGGCAACUGUUAGUUACUUAA